AUGUCUCUUGAGCGGAAGGCACUCCGUGUGGAGGUGCCGGAUUUGUCGCCGCGGCUCGGAUGAUAUUUUUUGCAAAAGCAUCGCACUUCUUGUUCUUGUACAAAAUGCAAAUAUGCGUGAAGACUACGGAUUUGGAUUUACGGCUACAGAUUUGCUUAGCUGCCGGCUCCUGCAUUAAGCUGCGUGAGAACUGUUGAAGAAACAAAGUUUUUUGUCAUGUAAUGUGCACUAUUUCUAUUGCAAUCGCGAUACUUUUGUAACGCAUAGAUCGGGGGAUACAUUGCGGCUCGUGCUGGAGUAUUAUCUGAAUAUAUCCUGUUUGAAUAACCAUCGCCAGCGCCGCCAAUCAUUUGUCAGGCUUAGGCGUAAAAAUCCCUCCGCAGGAUAAAUAUGCAUUUCGCUUAUUGUUGCCCUUCAUUUCGAUAUUGCCACGCCACAAAAAAUGUCACUUCGACAAUAUAAGCCGAAAUUGAUGUUGUUAUAUCAACACUAGGACCAGCCAUUUCGUGCGGUACGGCAUGAGGCCCUAUCGGGAGGAAGCUCGUCGUCAGGUCCUCACAGUGCCAUCGUGCAGCUACUUCCAGUAGGAUUGAAUUGACGGGAAGAGACUCAGACGAGUGCAGCUGCAGGAUCAUGACGCAAUUUUUGCAGGAGUAAUUUUGAUUUGAAGUACAUGUCUACUAUAUUACCUCCGGGAGGUCACUCACCUAGAUUAUCAUGUUCAGAGUCACCAGCAGCAGGAUGGAAAUUAUGUGUGGAUAUUAGCAUACCUGUAGCACGAUAGGCGACUUCUAACCAGUUCGCAGCCAUGUUCUGGGCACUCGAGGCGUUGCGGAAUAGUUUUCGUUCUGCAGUGAGCGCAUUUUUUCGUUCUGCAGCGAUGAGCCGGUGCCCACGGGUGCGCUUCGAGCGCCCACACGCUAACAACUAGGAGAGCCGCAGCACCCGCCACAUGGUGCGCAGGCUCUUCCAGCCCUGCUCCGUACUAGCAUCACUUCUGCCUUCUAUGGGAUUUUACAUUUCUCUGCGAAAAUCCAAACUCCCCAUCUGGGAUUUUACAUUUCAAAAUAGAACAAGUAUCCGCAACUCGCGCGCCCCGUUUCUCGCAGGAUGUGCAAAUCAGAAAGCCUCAACAUGGUUCUCCUCGCUGCAAUUAUGCAAAAAUUCAAGAAUCCCCCUGGGAUUUUGCAACGCAGUAUAGCUUCAUCCUACGGUUGUAUGUAUUUUGCGAUCUACGAAUAAUCGAGGGUGAAGAUGGUGAUGAUUUCUUCCAGGAUCGAACGAGAGCAAUCUUCAGCGAAACAUCUUCGGUGUCCGUUCGGCCUUCGAAAAGAGAUCCAAAUCCGCGACAGAUGGUGCGAAACGUGUGCGCUGCAACCACGACGAAGAUGCCAAAAAUGCAGCAAGCUUCCCGGCGCCGCCUGCCCCAACGACCCACGUGGAGAAGCUUCGGCAGGCUGCAAACGCAUCCGGCAAGGCGGCAAAGCAAAGCCAAAGCCAAAGGCCCGCAGACAAACCAGAGAUAAAAAGUGUUGGCGCGGCAGCAACGGAGACGAGAGAGACGGAUCCGGAUGCGAGUGCUUUGGUGCCGGUACGCAGUCCUGGGACCGGCGUUGGAGGACCCCGGAGGACGAACGAGGGGGAAGAUGAUCAUGAUGGACGAUAUGCGGUGGAAGGCAAGGCGGGCAUCAGCGGGGAGGAGAGCGUUGUCUUGGGCAGCGGAAGCCAAAGCCAAAGGCAAAGCCAUGACGUGCAACAUACGGAAAAAAUGCUGGGUGCGAAAAUCACUUUCGACUACAAUAGUAACGCAUGAACUGAACAAGUGUGCUGCAGGAAAGAACCUACCAGGGCACAGCACAAGUCGCUCGUGCCUAGUGGGUACCGUGCGGUCGGCUGACUAGCAUGACAAACUACAUUUUUCCAUUUCUAUAUACAAAUUUCCCACCUCCAUCUGGCAUUCCCAUACAACGCGAGAGCUUGGCGUCGUCGAAGAGAAGGCGUGUUAGGCCUGCAGACGUUGCAACUUCGCUUCUACUCGAAAACGCUGAGAAAGAUGCGGACCACGACAUCGGGCCAAUAUUGAAGUUUCGCGCCGAGUCGAGAGCGGGUGCGGUUUUGCUUGCCGGUGCGACAAUUUCUCCUGAACCGGAGCCAGUGGCUGAAGACGGAAGCAAUUCGGCUUCAAAAAUUGCCAUCAGCGGAGGAGAUGGCACUUCUUCGUCUUCCGUAUUGAAACUGGCUUCGACAUUGACUUCGAGCAACGCUCCGCCCGGAGAGGUCGAGACUACCAGAAGUAAAGAGGAGAGUAGGUCCUCGUGUUCUCUAAAGCCAGGACCUAAAGUCGAGGGAGGAGCUGCAGCUGGAGCGUCUCUUCAUCUUGACAAGGAAACGGCCGCGACUAGUACCGUGAGUAAACACGCUGGAGGCAAAGCAGGGGAUCACAACGAGGAGCUGCACAUCUAUCGAAGUGAAAAGAUGAGCCCGCACCCCAUAUUCAAAAGACAAAUUGUGUUGCUGGAUUGGUGUGCACAGAUGAGCUUUGUAUUGCAGCAAGAGCUUGUCGGCAUGAUCUAAGCUCAUCCUCAUUGAAGAUUUGCGUGCGCAUCCGGCUAGCAGCUGAGAAUGAGAGACAAGUCUGACAUAGGCGAAAACGCAUGACAGACUCGCUGCACAAUGCGCCACAGGGGUACCGUUUGCCUUGUACACAAGACAGAGCUGAUUUGUCUUUGUGGCCACAAAGCAGCAUUACAAAUUUUCUUUUGGAUAUGGGGAGGAGGAGGCAUUUUUCCUUACGAUAAGAUCCGGAGGAGUACGAGAAAGCGUGCCCGAAGAUGCCGGAACCACAAUGGCAAACGACGCCGAAAGUUGUUUGAUGUGGGCAGUGAAAACGGAGACGAGGCGGGGGCCAGUGAGGGGGCCCCGGACCUUUUAAAUCCCGCGUUCGGUUUUUCCAUUUAUUCACAGCAUAAGGUCGGCCAGCUACAACUGACCGGCGCAGCUGGUACUACACGAGAAGGCAAAGAUCGGGCGACGACGAUACAACCAGAACCUCCAGUAGCAGCGAAUUAUAGAACCUCAACCAACGCGGGCGCCCGCCGAACCACGAACAACAGACGGGGCGCCGUUACGACGUCAGGGCUAAACAUGGCAAAAAUAUCCUCUCUCGGCGGAGAAGAAGUUGGGGACGUCGAGUCGCGCUCCCGGAACGAACCACAACGACCCUUGUCCAGCAGGGUUGUCGUCGCAGAAGCGAUCAUGGAAACGCAAGAUGGGUUGGACCUAAUAGCAGUGUUGCAGCUCGAGCCCGUCCGAAGAUUGGGCGUGUAUCUUCCACAGCAAGUUGCGCAGGCCCUUUCAUAAGUCCAGACAUUUGACGCCCCAUCGCUCGGAAUAAUUUUAGCGAGCGCGAGUCGCUGACGACUAGGAAUGGAAAACAAAAAAGCGUCGGAACCUUUGUGCGCUGCGUCUGGUGCUCGUCCUUGUGCGGCAGGCGUGCGCCCUUUAUUUCCGUAGAACAAACAGCGCAAGUUGCUUCCGUGUAACAAGAUGCAAAGAUGCAUACGCUUAAUCACUGGCGUAGCGCGUCUGCGGCAACUGCACAGCCCAGGCACAAGAACUGAACAGAAAAAACGAGGAAUGCAACUGAAAACCGGAAAAUAAACCUACUCCUCGCCCGCCGCAAUCCCAUGCUGCGUGCGCGACGAGUGGCGCUACUGAUUGCUCUCCUUUCCGGACAAUAAAAAACGCAAGCAGGUUUUUGCGUUUGCGAUGCGUAUCGUUUGCUUUUCCUUGUGAUAGUGCAUCUGCCGCAACUUGCACAGCCUGGCUGCUAGAAAAGAACCACUUAAAUUUUCACAAGCUCAAUACUUUUUCAGGUAAUGGGCAGCCACGGCUUGGGCACGAGAAGAGAACGAGAUUUGAAAAAGGGAGGGUAGGAAAAAUGAACUGGCGCCUUUUUCGUAGCCGCCCUUUUCAAAAUGAAAAGGACGGCUAGGAAAAAAAAAUGUGCCGUUUUUCCAGGCUGAGCCUGGGAAAGCGGCCAGAUUUUUUUUUUCUAGCCGCCUUUUUCAUUUUGAAAAGGGCGGUUAGCAAAAGGAAAAGUGCGCGAAUUCAUUUUUCCUAACCUUCCUUUUUGAAAUGCAAACAGAGGUUAGCACAUUGAAAUUUUUGCCCAGGCGCUAAAUCCCGAAGAAAGAAGGUUACGACUCGGGCGCGCGCAGCGCGCGAAAAUUUUUUUUACUCCCACCACGCCGGCAUCAUGUGCGCGCACAGUGUGUGAAAGGGAGUGCGUGGCCGCGCGCUUUUUUUUCCUAACCGCCCUUUUCAUGUUGAACAGGGCGGCUAGCAAAAGCCCGCCAAUUCAUUUUUCCUAGCCGCCCUUUUAAAAAUGAAAAGGGCGGUUAGCCCUUCGAAAUUUUUGCUCAAGGGCUAACUCCCCUUUUUGAAAUGCAAUGCAAAGGAAGGCUAGCUACCCGAAAUUUUUGCCCAGGGACCGGGCUAACCUCCCUUUUUGAAAUGCAAAGGGAGGUUAGCCACUCGAAAUUUUUGCCCAGGGACCGAGCUAGCCUCCCUCUUUGAAAUGCAAAGGGAGGUUAGCUACCCGAAAUUUUUGCCCCAGGACCGGGCACGGGCUAGAUCUCCUUUACAAAAUGCAAAGGGCGGCUAGCCCCUCGGAAUUUUUGCAAAAGAACCGCGCUAGCUCCCUUUUUAGAAACGCAGAGGGCAGAUAGCCCCCCGAUGCUUUUGUGUCGCCGGCAUUGGGGUUAGCAUGCAAGGGUCUUUACAGUGCGGACAGAGGCUAGUCUGCCUGCCAAAUUCUUUUUGCUCCGCGCGGCAUGGUUUCGGUUCAGUUAGUGCUUAGCCCAUACGACGUCACGCGCGUCAGGCUCUGUCGUCAAGCGUCCGGGCGUCAAAUGUUGCCUCGUGACCUCUGACCUUAUUUGAGGGCCGCUUAUUACGCGACGUAGAGUAUCUUCCACAGCAAGUUGCGCAGGCACUAAGACGGAGCGAAUCGCUUUUCGUCCACCAGGGCAAGCUAUUCCGUUUCCAUCCGGUGGAGCCCGAGCCAGCGCGCGGAGCCAAGACUUCCACCACUACAACUACCUCCUCUACUGGGAAGAGAACACUUUACGUGGAAAACGCCCCGGUGUUCCUGUCGCUUUCCGCGCUCCUGGUGGGUUUCGCUUACCUCGUGCGGCAGGAGCGCCAGCGGACGGAGGGGAAAGACUUCUCCAGAGGCUCGUUGGGGGGCGAAGAAGAUGGUUCUUGUGUUGACAAUGACGAUGUUGACCUGGUGCUUGCAGCAGAAACGGCGGCGCGCCGCGCACAACAAGCAAAUAGUACUAGAACUUCUGAAACCCCAGAAGUUCAUCUUGCGCAGCAGAUCGUGGACGACGACCACCGGCGGAACAAUUGUUCUACAGGCCCCACGCGGGGCAGCUCGCGCGAUCAUUUGCCUAAGAAGUUUUUCGCUCGAAAAAUGCAGGGCGAAAGUGGUCGUAUUUCGGGGGACAGCUAUCCUGCGGCGCGUGAUCUGCCACAGCACAUUCGGAUGUCGCCGCAUCCGCUAUCCACAGAAAAAAACCCAUCCACAUCCAUUGUUUGCAUAAAAAACACAUGAUUUUUUGAUACUAGGCGUUUUCCAUGACAAAAUGGAUGUGGAUGGGUUACUUUUUUUUCUGUGGAUAUCCGCGCACCAACAGGCCAGCAGCGCACGUUUUUCUCGAAUUCGAAUCGCUGGAGACAGCGUUGCUUGCUCGAGCCGCCCUCCACAACCGCUGGCCCGCGAGCUGGCCCGAACGACGCGACGGGAAGGUGUUGCGCGUGUUGCACCAGGAGGAACUGAAUGAGCAGCGGAAAGAGUACAAGCGACUUGGAGCAAUAAAUCAUGCCACCUCAUCCACCUCAUCCAGGAGCAGGGGAACUACAACGACCGGCGGCUCCGGUCUUCGGGUAUCAAAUGUAAAAGUGUCUGGGUCUGGAAGAUUCAUGCUGUUUCUGCAUGACACAGAAGGUCUGGCAUGGAAGCUCUAGCAUCACAGGUUUCGAGAAGCUUCCGCAAUGCCGAAUCCGCAUGACAAAUCCCCCACUUUGGUGACAAAAAGCGAGCAGCUUUUGCUGCCUAUGCAUCAGAGAUUUUUGUGUGUUCUGAAAUGCGCAUCACAAGUUACAUCCUUCCAGACCCAGACAUUUUUACAUUUGAUAUCGGGGGCCGACGUCUCAAAUGCCGGACUCCGCCGCUUCGGAGAUCGUGCUGGUCCGAUUAACGCUGCGCUGCUCUCCGACACACGGGGAUGAAGAUGAAGAUCAGGCGUUGACUCCCUUUGCGGUUCGGCAAUACUGCGAGCAUGCGGUCCCGGUGCAGCAUGUGCAUAUGCAAGGAGUUGGAAAAAAAGUAAAGCAGCGCACCGAGCUCCUGGACCCGAGCAAGAGCAAAACUAGUAUCAUUUCGUCCACAUCACGACCGCUUUUCUCCAUGGCUUCUACACGACCAGCUGCGGAUAUUCAUUUUUACCAGGACGCGGUCGUGCGCCUUUCUUCUGCAGCCGACGUCUCACUCCUCGUGCGCGACAUCGAGCGCAGCCAACGCUUUUUAGGCAGUGCAGUUCCCCAGGUUGGUAUCAAACAAAAAAAGUUCGUCACGAUCACUCAUGCGCAUUUUUGCAAUACAAAAUUGGCCGCCAUGCGUAAAAAUGCAUGACAGCCAAGCUUCAUAGGGAAUUUCCCUAGUGUUUCUGCAAUACAAAGAAAGCUUGUGAUGCUAAAAAAAAUUUGUAAUGCAAAACCUGCAAGUUAGUGACAUGACUGUGAUAAAGUUUUUUCUUUCCACAGUUGGGCGCUUCACCGCCAUGGAGCAGCUGAACUACUUUAACGACGUGCGCGUGAAACUGUCUGAAACGCGCAAGACGCAGGCACGCAUGGUGCUACCGAACCUGCUGAAGCGGGCCGGGGCCAAAGGCGGGGCACCAUCGGGUUUUAGUUCCUCACUUGGUUUACAGUUAUCGUCCCCUGCAAGCGGAACUCUUUAUCAACAGCCACUGCUGAUGAGCAAGACUGGUACUGGAGGGGAGGCCCCGCCUCCAGAGGAAAAGAAACUGGAACAAGAGGUGGACGUAUUAGUAUCCUCGCGGGCAGAAGGAGAAGCCGACGGCGACGAAGAUUUUUUCGCUAUCAAAAAAUGCAAGUAUGUCCGGGUCUGGAAGAUUGAUCAAACUUGUGAUGCGCAUUUUGGAUCAGACCGAAAUCAGUCAUGCGUGGAAGCCAGAAGCAGCCUAUUUCGUGUGAUCAAAGUCUCCUGAUGUUUUUCAUGCGGGAUAGGUAUUGGGCAAGCUUCUCCUCAAAACCACUGAUGCGAUUACGUGCAUGCCAGAGCUUCUGGGUCAUGCAAAAACAGCACGAAAGAGUCCGCCAUUUUCCAGACCCAGACAUAUUUGCAAUGCAUAUUUGCUGAGGUCGUGCAAAAGAAGGAGCGAGACGGCGGAUUGCGGCGCAAGCACAAGCAAGACCGGUUGCGCGUCCCGCUCUUCUGCGGUAUUGUGAGGAAAAAUCCCCGCUCCACGUAUGGAAAAGGAAAUUUGUGAUGCUGGACUUGCGUACACAGGUCGUCGACUUGCAUUGCUAGAAGACCACGUGACGGAGUGGUCGCGACCGCGUUUGAAGGCAAUUUGCGAUGCCGUUUCCUGCUUCCAGGCGCUUCUGCUUCCUGUCAUGCUGAAAGCGCAGUGCUUUCGUACGCCAGCCAGCACUGCGGUCCACAUCUCUUCCCUCCUAGCACGACGACGCGCUAAUUUGUGAUCACAAAUUAUGCUGCACCACAAGUCUCUGCUUGAGUACGUGGACAGGUGGGUUUUUCAUCAUGAUAUACGGCGGUGCCAACCCUCAGCGGAUAGUGCGCGGGGGGCCUGUCAGGGCUGUCAUGCACACCGCGCUCGUAGCCCCCGCGCAAGCUGGUGUGGGCGCCUUUCGCUGGCAGCGCGAUCCCCGGUCUGCAGGUUUUACGGACAUUGGACCUCCACCCAAGUGCCACGACUUUUAGAAAUGUGCGAGCUGCCCCCUUCCGAUGAAAUCGGUGAGGGCGCAUCGGGAUCGUUUUUUUUAAUCGAUGACUCGCACUACUUACGCAGGGGAGCUGCAGGCACUGACGACAAAAAAAUCGCAGAGUCAACAGCAUAGCGCA